GAAUAAAUGUCAUGAGGCUUGUUAUCAAUCUUUGGCUCUGAUGUGAUCUAAAAUCUGCUUCUGAGAUGGCAUUACUGGAGGUAUAAGCUGUUCUUUUACAAGAUACCCAUGCAGGUGACAACAACAGAUGUGUCAUCUGCGUAUUGGACCUUAUGGCCAGAUAGUUUCAAGUCGUUAAUAUGUACAAUGAAGAGUAGUAGUACCAGGACUGAUCCCCGUGCAGCUCCUAAAUGGACAUUGUAUGCGGCUGAGCAGCGACCACUGACUUUUGUCAUGAGUUUUCUGUUUGAAAAGAACAAGACCAUAAAUAUAGAACUUUUAUACAGGGUGACUUUGAAGUUGAGUCAUUAAUUUUCAGAUAAUGAUUGUAGAAGGAAGAUAAACCAAAAUAUGUG